GUAUGUGAGUGACUGAGAGAGAGAACCAGAGCCAGAAGUCAGGUUCUGACUAACAGUGCUGAGUGCGACUGCCAAUGAAUGUGAGAGUGUGUGUGCAUGUGAGAGUGUGUGUGUGUGUGUGUGUGUGUGUAUGGGGAGGUUUGUUCAGUUCGAGGUAAGUCUGCAUGUCAGCUCACUUCCUCUUUUUAAACAUGGAUUUUGUAGCCACUUUCGGUUCUGUAUUCUUUCCAUGUCUCUACUGUUUUUUUUCGAUGGUCAUCACUCCAUCGUCAUCAUCACCAUCAUCAUCAUCAUCAUUGUCAGUCAUUCUUACUUCUCUUUCUCUUUGCAUGAUCUCUCUCUUUGUCUCUUUGUUCAUCACUUUGUGGUGUCUCCAUCAUCUACUCGCAUUUGCAUGAAUGACGUCCUGUAUUUCCUCCAUCACUAAAACAAACGACUGAGACAAAAGAGGAACAGGGCCUCAGCAGAAGAGGGUGGCACGCUCGUAUUACGCACUCCGAGGUCAGUUAACGGAUUCCCUCGGCGCAUUGAUGAAACCUGGAGCAGCUUUUCAAAUAAGUUUUGGUAAUUAGCAGGCUCGGUCUCUGAACAUUACCAGGGUGCUGUUACCAUGGCAACUGGCAAGCAAGGCUUUGUGAGAGCUACUGAGUCUCAGCAUUUGGUAUCCGUACAGAGAGAGAAAGAGCCGCAUGUUCAGGCCCCACUACCAGCCAUGUAUAUCCAAGCGGUGUCCGGCUUGCCAUCCUACCCUCAGGCCCAGCCAGCAGCAGUGCAGGAUGCAGCGGUCAUUCCUCUGUCCGUGCCGAUGAUGUAUGCCAACCAGACUCUGCCCUUUUUGACUCUGCACAUAGCCAGUGGGGCAGGUCUCCAGCAGCAGAGGCCUGAACCUCCAGCAUCUUCUUCCAGACCCAAGUCUGCGGGGAAGCAUGUGUGCCCACAUUGUGGAAGGGACUGCCUGAAACCCAGUGUGCUGGAAAAACACCUGCGCUGCCACACAGGUGAGAGGCCAUAUCCUUGCGCCACCUGUGGCAUCUCCUUUAAGACGCAGAGCAACCUCUACAAACACAAGCGCACCCAGGCCCAUGCUCGUCUCUCCAGCGAAUCUGGUAAGGGAACCUUCAGCAGCCAGGAGAGCACUGAGAGCUCAAGAGAGAAUUGCUCUAGUCCCUCACUGGAAUUACAAAAUGAAGAUUCAGGUGACACAAACAGGAAUGAUGGUGUUCGUCUCACUGCGGCAAUGAGCACAGGUAGUUCAGACGAGGUCAAGACAGGCUCUGAGACAGAGAGGGCUUUAUGCAAAGCUGCAGUGGUUGGAGUUAUUGCUUCACCAGCACAUGGGCAACAAGUAAAUUCACAUACUGUAACCCAGAGGGUACCUCAAUUAUCAUCUGAUGCUGCACCAAUACAGGCAAAAAGCCCAAAUGGAGAUGGACGUGCUCCACUGACUCCAAAUCGUACUCCUCUUCAGAGGCAGGAGGCACUCUUCCCUAAGCCUCAAAGCCAUGACAGCACAGACUCCGGCUUCGGUGAAAGCAAUGAACAACACUCAACCUCCAGUCCUGGCACUACCUUGCACGAUCCCAGCAUGGAACUGGAAGAACCAGAAACCGCUGAGAAACUCUCAGAUGUGGGAACUGAUGACAUCAAAAGCAAAGUGUCACUUCAGGAUAAACAAAAGCUAGAGGAACACAUCUUGAAGCUGAUCUCCAAAAACAGUGUGGUAAUGGACGACCGGCAUCUAGUGAACGUGCGGCCGAGGAAGACGGUAUUGUCGAAACAAGGCAGCAUCGAUCUUCCCAUGCCGUACACUUACAAAGACUCAUUCCAUUUUGAAAUAAGAAGCAGCAAACACCAAGUAUCCGGUUCGCAAACGCAAGACAGAAAAGGUAGGGCUUUUUACAGCUCUAUGCCUACACAGCAUUCUACCAGCUUGGAACAUGCACCAUUAACCCGAAGCAGUUCUUUACCAUUUAGCGUGGGCAAUCAGAACAGUGAAAUGACGGUUUCGCCUUAUGAAGUAGACAAUGUUCCUUUGAGCAGGAGGUGUAGUGCAGGACAUAUCUACCCAAUUAAGUCAUUAGAUCAACACACACCCAGCCAUCGUUCACUGGUCAGACAAGUAGCAGUGGAUGGUUUAUCAGCAGUGGAACGUUCUCCAAUGGAAAGAGGCAGUCUUAGUAGCCUCAGUUCUGAUGGAGACUGCACUGACACGGCAUCAGAGUCGGUUGUCAAAAGAUGUCGUAGGAAGAAAGCACAAAAAUUUGCCUACAAUAAAUGGUACAUGUAUGGAGGUGGUACAUUCAAGAAGCUCUACAACACAGAGAAGGACUCUGUAUUAAAGAGCAGAAAGUCCACACUUAGCCCUGAGCAAACUGAAAGUCAGGGGAUUCAAAUAAGCCAACAGAAAGAUAGCAAUACGUCUGCAUCUGUAUCUGUGAGCUAUACUUCCUGCUCUGCUCCGAGUCUGUCUCCUGUUGCUAAUGUCCUCACAGCACAGACAUCCAGCCAGGUUCUUUCCUCUUACUUACUUGUGCAAAACACAUCAAUGAAACAAUCAGCUGGGCAACCCCAGCAAAGUCUGACCAAGCAAACUAAUGUUCCAAGCUCAGACUUGAAUACUGUGAUGAAUGCAAUAAAAGGCACAGAAGAAAAAGGCAGAGCACCAGAAACACAGCUUUCAACUCCAAUACCUUCAGAGAGGAAAAAGCAAAGGACAGAGGAACAUCUUUCAGCCUUUGUCGAAAAUACAGAAGCCCUAAUAAGAAUGCAACAACGUGCGAGUCGACAGGUAAACGCCAACCUAUGUCAAUCACUACAACCAGAUAGUGGUGAUGUGCCCCAAAAGUCAAGCCUAACUUCACUGCAGAGGGACAAUGGGUUAAGUCUUAACAGACAAGGCAGUUUCACCAAUCUGUCUUCCUCCUCAAAUCAGAGACAGAUCCUUUUCAAGAGGCACAGUUCUCCGCUUUUUGUGGCCAAUAUGAGUGGGACAUCUGCGUCUCCUUCUGCCUCCUCCAGCAUCUCCUCGGUUUCUCAAGCCAAGUCCAGCUUUCUUCCCAUGUACCAGCUGAAGAUUCCUGGUUCGACAGAUGGCAUGUCAGAUCCUUGUCUUGGCAAAGGUUCCUCACUGAAUCCGUCUUCACUCAAACAGAAUGUUAGUCUGAAUCAGCAACCUGAAACAACUUCACCAUCCACACCACAAAACCAGUCGACAGUGACUGUUAUGUCCCCUGGACAUGAGCAAGGUACUUUGUGUAUAACAGCCAUAACAAAGGCAACAUCUAUGACACCUGCCGUGUACAGUUGCCAGAAUUCAAAUGCCAACACAUCGACCUACACCUCUACAGCAUCAGUCUCAUUAGCAUCUCCGUUAGCAUUCACAGACCUGAGUGUCACUGUUAAUACAACACAUAGCUCAAUCUCACCAGUUUGUCACUCAUCUACAUCAACAAAAAACAGCCAGGUCUAUGCUGGAAAUGUGGCAUCUGUACAAGACAAUCCUGUUACAUCUGUAGUGAUCCCAACACAAUCACCUGGAGUUACACCUGCACCGGCACUUCCGAGCUCUAAAGAUGGCAUCCCUUUGGAGAUAAGCAGCACUGAGAUCCAGGGAUCUCAGGACACUUUUUACGUGCAAACAGCAGACCUCCAGAUAGUCAUGCAACUCAUUUCAGAUGAGCAGCUUGCGCUGAUAGAACCGCAGAUUGAAACGCAGGACUAUAAAACUACUGGAAGUCAUUGUUUGCUCAGCAAAGAUCCAGAAACGUCUGGGACUCACACAAUCCAAACAGGUGUUUCACAGGAAAUACAUAAACAAUGCUCUGGUGAUACAGGAACAAAGUUAGCUGUUGAACAGGGGAAUGUAAACAGGAGUGUGCUCAGCAACAUCCCAGACAUAACACUCAGGUCAUUUGGAUCAACAGUUACAGAACACAAGGCAAAGAUUACAAAAAGUGCUCAAGAUGGUUAUUUAACAAACACUGGCACUAAAGGGGUUAUUUCAAGGUCAACUUCCAAGUCAGAGCAUGACGUUUCAGCUUUACUGGAUAGCAGGGCAUUGGGACAACAGUGUAAAUUUUUAAGUUCAACACCUGAGGACAGUACGGUGCCAAAAGACCCAGACACUGCAGGGUGUGGUAUUAGUUCUAGAUCAUAUCUUAAACAAAAGCCUAGCGAGAAAUUGAGCAAACCUUCAGCAGACAAAUCCACUGCAAAAAGUGAGGCAGAGGUAAGCAAAUCUUCUGUGCAUGACCAGAUCUUGAGAAACUAUUCAACUUCCAUAAUAUGCAGCAUUCAGCAAAGUUGUCAAGACACUACAGCUAUCCAUGGGAUGAUUCAUACAACUCUGGCUUCUACCAACAGUGCAGCAACAUCCUCUGAGGGCAAAUCAUUGAAAGUAAAAGUUGCAACUUUUCCAGAAAUAUCUGAAAGAAGCCCAAGUCAUCAACCUGUGCAAACGACUGUUCAACAGCAGAAAUCACUUCUCUUAACAAAAUCAGUAGAAAAACAGACGGCUGAAACAAACACAUCAUGUAUCUCUGUGCCAUCUUCAGUUCUGGUUCGACCAGUGACCCCUAUUUCAGCUUCAAACCAAGAUGAACCGAUCCAACCCAAAUCCUGUCAGCCAUUAGGCGACUUCUCAGCCACGGCAACAACGAUCAGCUCACGGAGUGUACUAGCGUGCCGGGUAUGUCCACGACAACCUUUAAACCAGACAGGAGCAUGCAGUGGAGACAGGUUAAAGUAUGAAGAAAAUCAAUCCGGACAACAUUUAGCCCAACAAGACUGGUCUAAAACUGAAGAAGUCAAGCCAAUCACAUCUAGGACUGCUCAUAUGACCAGUGCUCAAUUUCAGUCACAUGGGCCAGUGUCCACCUGUCUUGAAGAGGAAAAUAAGAAAUGUGCACUGGACCCUGGUGGAAUGCCUCACAUCAAUCAGGAUUCAUUCACAGGGCCUCCCGUGAGCUGUUCUCUCCAAAGCUUAAACUUCCAGUGGGAGGCUGGGACAGGGAGACAGAAGUGGAUCCCCCUGGAAUCUAUGAGCACAGGAGGAGAUGGAACAGAAUGGGUGGGGACAAGGGACACAAAGAGCACAUGGACAAAACAGGAGGAGGAUGCUGUGGAAAACAAAAGAGAGCAGGAGGCAAAAUGCACUGAAAGCUACCACACAACAGUGAAACCACAUCCGGACCUUUCCACAUCCCAACACGUGACUAACAUCAACGCAGCAUCACCUGAGCUUGUUUCCAUCAGCACUACAUCGGCAAUCUGUGGAAUAACCAACCCUUCACCUGAAAGCAAGUGUCACACCAACAAACGUCAUGUUAGAGAAAACAGUCCCAGUGCUCAAGCGGCUCCAAAACAAACUCACCAAAGUAACACAAAAGUGAAGGAGCACGCUCCUCUUGGACAUUGUAAAAGUUUUACAUCAUUAUCCAGAGGACAUGGUGACGUGAGGCAUCUCUUGGCUCAUCCCCUUUUGGUGAAUGCCAUUCAGAAGGAGGUCCAAAAAGAGACACAAACCAAAAACUCUGCAAAGGGACUGAUUCAUUCAACAAGCUUGCAAGUGCAAAGGCCAUUGCCAGAGCAAGAAACAGAUGGAACAGCACAAAUCAGUAUGCUGAAUGAACCCUGCAUGAUAUCGCCUUGCAACACGGAACACUGUCAGAUAAUAAAAACCGCACCAGCAUACACACGUCCUUCAUGUUCAAACCAGACUAACAGCUCUUGCAUACAUCCAAAUCCAACAUGUACAUCCAGCAUACAGAGUAACCCUACAGAUCCUAAUGCUCCACACAGCUACAUGGAGGAGGAGGAGAGGUCCAGCAGCAGCGACGAUGAGGGAAAACUAGUUAUUGAACUUGAGUAAAACCAUACGCUGAUGAGAUUAUGGUGGCAAAACAUAUUAACAAACCAUAACCAUGACAGCAAAACCAAAAACGCAACAGCAUUAACAACAUUAACUCAAAAUGGAAAUGGGAGGUCCUUAGUGAGCAUCACAUGCUCGUUGCUGAUUGGCUACACUCUACAUCAGUCUGAGAGAUGAUAGAAGACGGAGACCUGGAGGAUGUUUAGAGUAACAGGAAAUAUGAACCUACAUGAAUUUACUCUGGGUGACAUUCACUCUGUGAUGAUAUCAACUCACAGCCUCCAGGGUCCCCAGUUCAAUAUUAGUAGUAUACAGCUAUGUACUCAGAUACCGCUUCUGGGGUGAGAAGCAGAAGGGGUGUUCUGCAAGUUACUGAGCUCAGGUUAUAGUCUGUACAGAGUUUUGAAUGAUCUUCCUGUGCCUGUGUGGGUUUACUCUGGGUUCUCCGGUUUCCUUCAACCUCCCAAAAACAUGUAGGUAGACUGGCUAUGCUAAAUUGCCCCUAGGUGUGAAUGUGAGUGUUCACGGUGCCCUGCGAUGGACUGGCUUCCCAUCUGAGGUGUAUUCCCAGCUUGGGCCCAUUUACACUUCCAGUUUAGGCCACACCCACUUUGGGCUUAAAUCCAAAUACAGAUAUGAAUAUUUAGCACUAAACAGAUAUAGAUACAGACAGUGGCAUUACAUUACAACACUAAAGGACCUAUUCUUUCUGUUUUUAAAUUUUGUGUUUCUGAAAGUGCUUUUUGUUUUGUUACUGUAUUUUCGGAUUUGCUGUUGCAUUUUUGGUUUGUUAAUGUAUUUUGCACAUCUGGCUGCAUUUUUAUCCAAGCUAACACCAAAUGCUGAACGAGAGAUACAGCAAACACAAAGGAAUGCACUUACUUCCGAAACAUGAUUCAAAUUUUCUCAACCACAGAAAACAGGGCGUGAAUGCAUGAAGCUGCAUUCCCACAGUCACUGGAGUUCCACAGGGAUCGGUCAUAAGCACAGUGAGGAUUUCAGGCGUAAGAGAUUUAACAGACAAGAGAUUUAGCCUUUGACAUUGCCGUAAUGAUUGUAAACACAUCAAGUCGUCAUUACCAUAUUUUCCCGUCUUUCUGCUUUGUUUAUCAGGCUGCUGUUAAAUGUCAGUCAUUUGUAAGCAAAGGUUUGACUGAUAAUUGUAAACCCCAAUUUACCCCCUGUCAUUUAACUAAUAAAAUUACAAAAUGUUGAAAGACCA